GGGGGUGACGAGGGGCUUGCAGCAGACUGAAAGGGAAAGCAGAGUGUCUGCACUGCACAUCUGUACAGGCUGCUCACAUCCUAGGAACAAUACGUCCCUCAGUGGACAAUAACGAAGAAAGAUGGAAGGCUUGACAUCCUGUUUAAGUGAAAUGCUCAGCAGUGUUAAGGCAGCACAGGCUAAACUGGACAGCAGCCCCUUCACCAUGGGAGAAUUUUUGAAGAAAGUUGGCGUUGCCAGCAAUCAGCCAAGUAUAGUAAUGGGACGCAAACAGUAUGAAUGUGAUCUAUGUGGCCGUUGCUUCUCUGACCCUUCUAACUUAAGGCGUCAUAAAAACAUCCACACGGGACUGAGGCCUUAUGUCUGUGAUGAAUGUGGAAGCAGCUUCCGACAAAAAUCUCAGCUUGACCGCCACCGCCUAGUUCAUACGGGGGAACGCCCCUUCCAGUGUGCCUACUGCUCCAAAGGUUUUAGAGACUCUACUGAACUACGUGUGCAUUUCCGUGUCCACACAGGAGAAAGGCCCUACAGUUGCCCUGUGUGUCAGAAGAGCUUUUCCCGUGUCUGUUAUAUGAAAAAACAUCAGGAGAAACACACAAGAAUUGAAGAGAUUCUUCUACAAAGGCAAAACAAAUUGCAGGUAAUUUCUUCUGUGCAUGAAGAUGACGAUUUACCAGUAGAAUUCCAGUGUUCUUUUUGUAGUAAAUGGUUUGUCACUAAGGAAGAGCUGGAAACGCAUCGCCCUUUGCACCUAAAAUUCGGGCCUUCAGGACAGAAGCUGUAUGAAUGUGGAGAAUGUAAGAAAUGCUUUAAUAAUUCAUCAAAUCUGCGGAAACACACCAUUAUUCACACUGGAAUGAAGCCUUUCACCUGUAAUGUGUGUGACCAACGAUUCCGGCAAGCGACUCACUUGCAGCGACACUAUUUGAUCCAUACUGGAGAGAGGCCUUUCAAAUGUUCAAUUUGCCAGAAAGGAUUUCGUGACACUAGUGAUUUGUUAAAGCAUCAACGAGUUCACACUGGGGAGAAGCCAUAUCAGUGUUCUAUAUGUGAAAAAAGCUUCAAGCACCUGCAUAAUGCUCGGCUUCACAGGCAAAGGCAUAUUAAAGAAAAGCCUAUUCCUGAUGAGCAUACUUCUUCUUCUUUUUACUCUCAGCCCAUGUUCUCUUUAAAAACCAGAGAUACAGAACCAGAAUAUUCACAUGAAGAAUUACAUUCCAAACCUAAAGCACUUUCCUAUCCUGCGGCUAAUAUUGAAAACAGCGGAGAUAGCUUAAAAUGUACCCUCUGCACAAAAACGUUUGCUCGUGUCUCAGGUCUUCAUCGCCACUACCUGAUUCAUACAGGACAUCGUCCAUUUGGCUGUCACCUAUGCGGCAAGACUUUUAGGCAGCUUUCUCAUCUUGACCGGCAUAAAAGAAUUCACACUGGAGAAAGACCCUAUCAUUGUAUAACAUGCCAUAAAGCUUUCCGUGAGUCGAGUGACCUACUCCGUCACCAGCAGGUACACACUAAGGACAACGUAUUCCACUGCCGUCUGUGUCAGAAGACUUAUACACAAAUACAACAGCUUAAGGCACAUGAGCUAAGUCAUGGGCAAAAUGCUUUUCUUGAUACUACGAUUUUAGGUGAUGAUGAUGACGACGGCAACUCAAUUGAAGUAGUUUUGAUGUAAUUUUAUUGGCCUGUGGAAGACAUCUAGCAAACCAUUUGAGCUGCUAGAAAACUAAGAAGCAGUGAGAAGAUUCACCAAAAUAUAAAAAUAGAAAGUUUGUGAUCAUUCUCAUUCAUCCAGGUCAUGGUAUAGCUGUAGAAAAAA